AUGGCCUUAUCAGAUAUAGAAAAAGUAUUGCACGACCAUGGUUUUCGUUGUAGUAAUUUCAAUUUGCCUGUUCCUACUUUAAUAGCUCAGGAUGAUUUUUAUAAUAAUGAUCUUGAGGCAGCUGAGGCAUUGAAACUAAUUACUAAAUUAAAUUUUUUACAAAAAUCAGCCUUUGAUUUAAUCGUUCAAUCUAUCGAAAAUAAUGAUUUUCCUCAGCGUUGUUUUUAUAUUGAUGGUCCAGGUGGAUCGGGAAAAACUUUUUUGUAUAAUACCCUAAUGUGCUACAUUAGAGGACGCAACCAAAUAGUUUUACCGUUUGCAACAACAGGCAUUGCCGCUAUUCUUUUAAAAGGGGGUAGAACAAUACAUAGUGGAUUUAAAUUACCUAUUCCGAUUGUUGAUAACUCUGUAUCUCGCAUGAGUCUUCAUUCCCCUGAUGCUACUGUUAUUAAAAGGUCCAUAUUAAUUAUUAUCGACGAAGCCACAAUGAUGACUAAAUACGCUUUACGCUCUAUCGAUAGAUUACUUAAAGAUAUAAUGCAAAUACAGUUCCCAUUCGGUGGUAAAGUUAUAUUAUUGGGCGGCGAUUUUAGGCAAACUUUACCUGUCAUUCCAAACAGUUCAAAAGCAUAUAUUAUUGAAUCAUGUCUUAAGUCUUCUGAUUUAUGGGUUUAUUUUAAAGUUAUCCACCUGAAUGAAAAUAUGCGGUUAUCUUCUGAAGAUGUUGAGUAUAAUUCCUGGCUUUUGAAUGUUGGAGAAUCUUUAUCAAAUGUUUCCAAUCCUUUACUCCCUCCAGAUUCGAUUGAAAUCCCAAAUUCAUUAUUAGAAAAUUUAUUAAUCAAAUCAAUAUAUGGAGACUCCAUACAAAUAUCUGAUAUUAAUCUAUUUUCAAAAAAAAUUAUAUUAACCACUAAAAAUAACAUAGCCCUAAAUUUAAAUAACGAAAUUAUUCAAAAACUACCAGGAAAUUCUAAGAUAUAUUUUAGCGCUGAUUCUAUACAAACAGAUAAUCCUGAGGAUUUACUUAAUUUCCCCAUUGAAUUUCUUCAUUCUCAAACCCCAUCAGGAAUGUCUCCUCAUAUUUUAAAUCUUAAAGUUGGGACAAUAAUAAUGCUUCUUCGUAACAUGAAUCCCAGCAGAGGCUUAUGCAAUGGUACACGACUUCUUAUCAAAAAUUUACAUGAUAAUUUCAUAGAUUCUAAAAUAUUAUCAGGAACGCAUAAUGGCCAUCGCGUUUUUAUUCCUCGAAUUGAUCUUUCCCCGAGUGAUUCCCGGUUGCCUUUCAUAUUAAAAAGACGCCAAUUUCCUAUAAUUCCUGCUUUUGUUAUCAUUAUAAACAAAAGUCAAGGUCAAACAUUCGACAAUGUCGGUGUUUUCCCAUGCAAACUACAAUCAACAGCAAGCGCUACAACCAUGGAAAUUAAAAAAAAGAAUCGUAUUGAGCAAAAUCAUCAAAGAUCCGAUACCAUUAUCACAAACUACAAUCAACAAAAUUUUAGGGCAAGCGCUACAAUCAUGGAAAUUAAAAAAAAGAAUCGUAUUGAGAAAAAUCAUCAAAGAUCCGAUACGAUUAUCACAAACUACAAUCAACAAAAUUUUAGGGCAAGCGCUACAAUCAUGGAAAUUAAAAAAAAGAAUCGUAUUGAGAAAAAUCAUCAAAGAUCCGAUACGAUUAUCACAAACUACAAUCAACAAAAUUUUAAGGCAAGCGCUACAACCAUGGAAAUUAAAAAAAAGAAUCGUAUUGAGCAAAAUCAUCAAAGAUCCGAUACCAUUAUCACAAACUACAAUCAACAAAAUUUUAGGGCAAGCACUACAACCAUGGAAAUUAAAAAAAAACGACCCACAUCGAGCAAAACCAUCGAUAUUCCAGACGAAUGCUUAAAAAUCUAA